UUUUUCGUCAUUUCCCUCCAACAGGAUCGAGUUGGUUUGUUGAUGGUAGCGUCCUUAAACGACACCUACUCCAAGAGGUACCGAUAUGGAACGCCUUACCAGUUACUGAACUAUGCCGCAAGUGGUUCCUCCAUUGACUGGGUGCUACACGUGAGACCAACAGCCUACGCCUUCGGCUACGAGCUGCGCCCUGACCCCUAUGACGUCAGAGGCUUCGUGCUGCCCCCUGAGGAGAUCGUACCUCAGGGAAACGAGUACUACAACAGCGUCGUCACUUUCGCCACCGAGAUGCGAGUGUGAAGUCUAGCCACUCUCGUGUAGCCGCUUAAGAGUGCACUUUAAUGGAGCCACGUUAGUGAGAUUUGGUGUUACAACUGUCAUGAUGGCACUUUCGAGUAGCCACUUCGGUGUAGCCGCUUAAGAGUGCACUUUAAUGGAGCCACGUUAGUGAGAUUUGGUGUAGCAACUGUCAUGUUGGCACUUUGAUGUAGCCAUUUUGGUUUACCCAUUUUAGUGCACUUUCGAGUAGUCAUUUUGGUGUAGCCAUUUUGGUGCGCUUUGGUGUAAUCACUUUAAUGAACUUCGGUGUCGUCACUUUGGUGUAGUCAUUUUAAUGAACUUGGAUGUACUUUGGUGCUGCCAUUCUGAUGUAUUUUGGUGUAGUCACUUUAAUGAACUUACGUGUAGCCACUUUGGUGCACCUUUUCCUCCGUAUACACAAGUGCGUAAAUACUUAACAUUAAAACAAUCACUUUUUGGCAGGGAUAUUCAGCAUAGAAGAUAUACCUUCCUUUUUAUUCAAACGUGACUUUGCAGACAUUUUCCCUCAGUGCAUAUUGUGCAGUAACAUGUAGUAGUAUUUAAGCUUCUGGUAUCAGUAUGGUAUACUAUUGC